AAAAACCAAAAUUUAAAAGAAGAAGAGAUGGCGAUGAUGAAGGUAAUGUUGAUGGUGGUGAUGAUGAUGGUCUUGGUUGGAACCAUAAUAGUAAUAGGUGAAGAGUCACAUGCGGAUUGUUUGAAACGGUGUCAGCAACUGUGCGUUGAUAAGCCUUUGGAUAAGAAUUGCGUCCGCCAAUGCGUCUUUUUUAAUUGCGGUCCUCCUGCUCUUCCUACCAAUGUUCAUCAUUCUAACAGGAUGAAGGCUCCACAAAAUCAUGGAAUUAGAGGAUAGAUUAUUAUUGAUUUUUAGACCAAAAACAUAUAGCUUUUAAAGAUUAAAAUGAUAUAGAGUUUUUGUUCGUAAGUCAUAAAACACUUGGAUGUUUAGAUGUGUUCUUGGCAUGUUUGUUUCUACAGAUUUUUUUUUAAUACAUGAAUUCACAGUUCAGUUCGGCGGAUUUUCAGUUUGAGUUUAUAAACAAAAUUAAAUUGAUCAGAUGAAAA